AUAAUUAACCCAUACUCGUGGGUUAUUAUUAUUUCUAUAGGAAGAAUCAAUUGGUUGUUCACAAAUUCAAAAAUGUUUCGGCAACGAAAUGAACACUGCUCUAGAACUUCCAAACUCAUUAUAUACUCCUGGAGUAAAGGGCACACAACCAGAGCUUCAUUAUCGCCAUCAUUCUCUAGAGACUCAAACUUUUUUGAUGGAUGACGUUCAGUUUGUUCUAUUAACUCAAGCACACUAUCUCACUCAAGAGCAAAGUGUUGUGACAAUUUUGCAAAAUGGUUAUCCAACAAGUGGGCCACAGCAUCAAGCAACAUCACGCCACUUUGGUCUCAUGAGAAGUCCUCAACAGGUCCCAGUGAUUCUCAAAGGAGAAGGAAAUAUCACAAUUCUUCUACAAGCUACACAAUCAAACAAGCUUGUGGGAAGCUGGUCACAAGGAAAUGAGUCCUGCAAUGGAAGACCACUAUUUUUCAAUCCUUUUCCUCUCAGAAAUGGAACAUUGACUGCAUAUUGGACAUCACCAAUGGAUGGGACCUCUGUUCAAAUAAGUGCUCUUAUCUCUAAUGUGACUUUGACCUUCGGGAUUUCUGCAACAUUGGUUCCAGCCAGAAACACGGGAUCAUACAUGCAAUCUGCCCUUAAAUUCUCAACUCUAAUCUUGUCGCUUGGGUUUGUCACUGUCAUCAGCAAGUUGUUGUAAAACCAAAAGAGCUAACACCUGACUCACUAGUACCAAUCAGAGAAGCUAACUUCCCAUGGCUCAAGAAACAGAAAAUAAAAUUUGAGUGACCCAGAAUUAUUGAAUGACCUCCCUCUUCUCUACAUAUUAUUAUUAUAACUUUAUUUACUCCUGGUGGAUAUGUAGCUAAUAUAUCUCAUUUUGUGUAAAAAAAAACUGAUCCAGCACCCAUAUCCUGUAUAUAUUUUUUUACAUUUGUAGAUAUAGAUUUGACUUUGGUAAUCAACAAAGAUAUCAUUCUACUUCCUAUUUGGGAUAGACAAGUUCUGAAGAAUAUAUGAAGAGAUUAGUAACUCAAAAAGUUGAAUGAAUAUCUACUGUAUUUUGAGGGGCAUACUACGGGGCAUAUUUAUCAAAGCGUCAACUGAAAAUACACUUGAAUUCCGCAUCGUAUUUGUCGCAAGAUUGAUCCGCCGUAGUUAUCAAAGCAUCAAAAUUGGCAAAUGUUGAAAUUUGUGACAUAAUAUAUACGAUCCCGCAAUCUCAAUCCAAAGCAGAUCGAUGUGAGUUGAAAACAGUGGUAUUCGAGUGGAAUUCUGUUCAUUCGCCCUCCUUAUCGACACUAUUUGAACCUCUCACUAAUUUAUCAAAAAUUCUAUAUUUACGCUUGCGUCUUUUCCGACUCAGUGUACCUAGUUUUCAAUCCGCCACCCUUGAGGUUGCGGAUGCCAUAGAACUCAAUGGGAGUCUGAAAACACAGAAAGCUUAUGUUCGAUGCUGCAAGUGGAUGAGGCAUAUUAAAUAAAAGUAAAUUAGAAACUUUAAUAAAAUUGUAUACCCUUUCUAAAUCAAACAAUAUUAUUGCUACACAUUUGGUGCAGUAGUAGAUAUAGGGAUAAAAAUAAAAAAAACAUUACUACUUAUGGAUUAUGUUACAACUUUGUCUCUCAUUACAAAGCAAAGGGACAAUAUUAUUUCACCAAAUUUGGUGAAAGGUUUUACCCCAAACUUGUUGCACUAAUAGAUAUUAUAGAGAUAAAACUGAAAUAAAUACACAAAAUAAUAUAGCUAACUUCCUUUUUAUUUUUUUGAAAAAUCUAUGUGCACCAUGUUUAAGCCAUAUUAUACAAGUCACUCUCUCUACUUUGCGCCAAAUUUGACUCAACCAUUUUUGCACCAAUUAUGACGCAAACUCCUAAACAACCCACACACUAGUGAAUUUUUCAACCACUUUUGAUGGGAAUAUGCAUAAUCACAUGAUUUAUGACAUCAGCCAAUCUGAUUCAAAUACACAUUAUAAACUAUCACUAACAAAUCAAAUUGCUUGAUACUUGCGUCAUUGAUCACUCAUCAGAACUUGUAAGUGAAAUUUGUUACAUUGUGUAUUGUUACAUUGUGUAUUAUACUUUGAAAGUAUGUAUAUGUGAAAUUAGCAUUAAAGAUAGACAUUGAUGCUGACAUUAGGACACACAUAAUCUUAAACUUAUAGCUCAAAGGGAUAGCCCACCUAAUAUUAAACUGUCAUGAUUCAGAUACAGCAGAAAUUAAAAUCACCUCUUUACUGUCAUGCUAUAUUCAGUGUAUUUCUUUCUUUUCUUAAAUGUCUUUUUCAGUAAGAAAUGUCAUUUUAUAUGCCAGCCCAUUUUAUAACACCUGUGUAGGGAUGGUUUUUAAAAAUAGAUUGCAAUCAGGAGGGGUUAGACAGGUGCAGAGAGAAAACAGGCCCAGCAAUUAAAAUAUCCAUUGAUUGCAAAUAAAUACAUAUGAUACCAUAAUUACAUAUUAUAUUCACAAUUAUUACUGCUCAGAAUAAUAAUACAUUUACAAUAUAUACAUAUAGUGGUAUAAAUAAACACAGAGAUAUGACAGACAUCAUUGUUUAGAACAAAAAAAGUAUGUGCAAGGAUAUAUGUACAAAUUCUAACAUUAAUAAUAAUAAAAAAAAAUAUGACUUCAAGAAAUACAAAUACACAUUAAUUUAUGUGAAAGUAUCAUAUAACAAAUACAUAU